UUUAAUUUCUUCAUAUAAUUAUCCAUCCAUGGCUUCCAAACAAAUAGCCUCUCAUGUUAACACUUCUGCCCCCAAUCAAGACGUCGAGAGGAUCGGCAGCCAAUUAGAAGAAGAAAAUCAUGAAGAGUUGUUCGACUAUUCCAAACGGGCUCAAUGGCUACGUGCCGCCGUGCUAGGAGCCAACGAUGGAUUAGUCUCGACCGCAUCAUUAAUGAUGGGUGUGGGUGCAGUCAAACCAGACAUCAAAUCCAUGAUCCUCACAGGAUUCGCAGGCCUUGUGGCUGGAGCCUGCAGCAUGGCGAUAGGAGAGUUCGUAUCUGUUUACUCUCAACUCGACAUUCAUCUCGCUCAGAUGAAGAGACAAAACAAUAUUAACAACAACAUAAAACAAGACCAAGAUCAGAAGGAGACUCUUCCUAAUCCGGUACAGGCAGCGGCUGCAUCUGCUCUCGCGUUUUCCUUUGGGGCGAUCGUACCUCUCUUGGCAGCUUCAUUUAUAAAAGACUAUAAGUUGAGGGUCUGGGUGGUGCUGGCGGCGGUUACCGCGGCUUUGCUAGUCUUUGGGUGGGUCGGGGCUGCUCUGGGUAGAGCGCCGUGGGUGAGGGCUACGGUUAGGGUUACGGUUGGCGGGUGGGUGGCUAUGGCUAUAACCUUUGGCUUUACAAAACUUAUUGGUUCAAGUUCAGUAUUGGGUUAAUUAUUGAAACAAAAAAACAGAAGGGAG